AGCUGCUGCUCCAAGGACGGAAUCUGUGGUUAUGGACCUGAUAUUUGCGGUGCGGGUUGUACAAGCAACUGCGAUGCAAAGGCGAUGUGUGGUGUCUAUUCAGAAGGUGGUAGCAUCUCGUGCGGCAUGAACAUUUGCUGCAGCUCUGGGGGCUGGUGUGGCACUGAGGAGACUCACUGUAUCGGACCCAACAAAUUCUCUCUAUGCCAGGAAGGCUUCGGAGCCUGUGAGAUCAUUCGGCCCAAGACCUGCGGUGAAGACUCGGGCACGUCCAACGGCAGGACCAUCGCGUACUACCAGGCUUCCAACGUACGCAACCGAGCCUGUAACCGUGUCUCGCCCGCCAACAUCAAGUCGGAUGGGUACUCACACCUGUACUUCGCCUUUGCCUCCAUCGAUCCGGCAACCUUCGCCGUGGUUCCCAGUGACGAUCAGGACAUCCCGCUUAUGAAGGAGUUCACCGCUCUCAAGUCGUCUACGCUGCAGACUUGGAUUGCUGUCGGCGGUUACGAUUUCAGCAACAUCGGCUCGACGCAUACCACUUGGAGCGACCUCUGCGCGAGCCCUGCCGCAAGGGGCGCCUUUAUCCAGUCCGCUGGCCAGUACAUGGACACCUACGGGUUCCAGGGGAUCGAUUUGGACUGGGAGUAUCCCGGUGACGAGACCCGUGGCGGCAAGCGCGCCGAUAUUGAGAAUUUCGUCUCCUUGGUAAAGGAGAUGCGUGAGGUCUUCGGCACCAAGUAUGGUAUCAGCUUGACCCUUGCCCCCGACUACUGGUACCUGCGUUGGUUCGAUGCCAAGGCUAUGGAACCAUAUGUGGACUGGUUCGGCUUCAUGUCGUACGACCUUCAUGGGUCGUGGGACUCUGAUGUCAAGACCCUGACCACGAUUGUGCGCGGCCAGGCUGAUAUCCGCGAGAUUAAGAACGAUACGCUACCCCUAUGGUAUGCUGGUUUGGAUCCAGGCAAGAUCAACUUUGGCGUCGCCUGGUACGGUCGUGGGUAUACGCUUUCUGACGUUACCUGCACUACCCUCGGGUGCCCCUUUCAAGGUCCCAGCAAUCCCGGCAAGUGCACCAACGGAGCCGGCGUGCUCUCACUCUUCGAGAUUGAGCAGAUGCAGAAGGAAAAGGGCAUCGAGGGUCGUCUCCUCGAAGGCGCCAUGAUGAAAGAACUCGUCUGGGACGACCAGUGGAUUGGCUAUGACGACGCUGAGACGGUGGCAAUGAAGAAGAAAGUCGCCAACGAUCUCUGUUUUGGCGGCACAAUGGCCUGGAGCAUCGACUUCAUCUCC